GGUUGCGCGGAUCCAAGAGAUCACCUGUUCGGGUUGAUGGGUGUGGUUUCAGGCAGUAAUCGGUAAUCCGGAUCUUGAGCCUGACAACAUAAUCGGCAUGACGCUGACUCAAAAUAGCGCUUCGAUUCUCCUGCCUGACUAUUCGCUCUCCUCUCAGCAUGUCUUUAUCGGUCUCUUCGCCCAUUUAUUUAUUACAAGGGACCUGCAGCGCCUACUUGCCCAUGGCUCAGGACUGAUGGAGCCGUGCUUGAUGUCUUUGGUGCCUUCCUGGGUUCCUGACUGGACUCGUUGGGAUUCGUGGCGGUCAGUUUUUGAGCCUCGUGUCUUUCAAAGUGAAUUGCUGUACGUGUCAGAGCAACCACUGAUCAAGGAAUUUAUCUUCGAAGCGCCCUUCAAGUUUCUACAGAAGUUUCUGGAAACAGAAUCCCCAUGCCCGUACACCCUUCCCGUCCCUGUCGUUCAUCCGACCAGAAUAGGCUCUCCCGCUCCAAGCGACAAAUGCCAACCCCUGGCUGUCGAUACUAGUACUGGCGCUCUUUUGGUCCGGAUGAUUCGCUUCCUGGUUCUGCAGUCCUCGCCGAGAGAAAUCCCCGAGUACUCUAGGGAAUCUGAAGCGGGUUCGGGUGUUGGUUCACAGAAGAUGUUUGAAGUACAGGUUGGAUUGAACAGUACAGGUUGUACAUGGCCAGCAGUCAUCGACUUGAUCUGCUCGUGAAACCGGGAUGCGACGUCUUGUAUUUCUUUGGCCAUGGUGACCUUCUCACCAUGACGGGAUGCUACAUUUUGCGUGAAUGGGAUGGAGCCAAGCUCCGCAACCGCAGUGUCCGUCUGGUUGCGAGCUGUGACAU